GACAGCAUUAUCGUUUUUAAAAAUCUGAUGUUGUGAAACGCAGCCUCUGCUCCACCCUGUUCUUACACUCUUUCCUUUCAAUUCUCACUUUAUGCUUGUCACUCAUUCGUCUAAAUGAAAUGUCCAGGAACGGGUGCUGUCCGUGCCUAAAUUUGCAGGCGCUGUAUGACAUAUUCAAUUGGAAAGUUGAUAAAGAAAAUAUCACAGAACCGCGAAAGAAUGACAAACCCCCGAUGGAAACCGACUUUAAACCUCCCAGUGAGAUGACUCAGGAGAGCGAGGACGAUGAAGAGAUCUACAAGGCCAUGUGGCCCUUCCAGGCUCGAGCGGAGGAGGAACUGUCCUUCCAGGAGGGAGAGCUGUUCCGCAUCUGCGAGCGCUCGGGAGCCUGGUGGAAAGCCGUUAAACUCAGCGAAGACGGAACCGUGAAAGCCGAAGGAUACGUUCCUCACAAUUACCUGGCAAGAAGUGAGACGGUGAAAGAGCAACCUUGGUAUUUUGGGACGCUGAACCGCUUUGAGACUCAGAAUUUGCUUUUGGCUCCAGGUAAUGGAAUAGGGGCUUUCCUGCUGAGACACAGUGAGAAAGACAGAAUAGGAUGUGUAUUAUCCGUGGUUAUCAGUGACAGGGAAGUGAAACACAUUAGGGUUCAUGAAGAUGACAAAGGACAUUUCUAUUUGGAUCAAAGUCAAAUGUUUCCGAGCCUGGAGAAGCUGGUGGAGCACUACAGCAAGCAUUCUCUGGAUUAUGCCAUCCAACUCACAAAACCCUGCAUAAAACCUGAGCCAGAGCCACAAGAUCUUUCCCACGAAACGGUAGAUGACUGGGAAUUACCAAAGGAAGAGUUUACUCUGGAAGAGGAGCUUGGUAAAGGAUUUUUCGCUGAUGUUUACCGUGGAAAGUGGAAAGGCAUAGUCAAUGUGGCCAUUAAGAUCCUGAAGAAAAAUGAGUCUAUGAAUCAGAAGGAAUUCCUAGUGGAGACUGAAAUCUUAAAAAAACUCAGGCACAGACAUCUGAUCACACUGUUCGCUGUUUGUACAAGCUCCGCCCCUUUCUACAUCAUAACGGAGCUUAUGGAAAAAGGCAACAUGCUCAAUUUUCUAAGAGGACAGGAGGGGAGGAACCUUGAGCCCCAGACACUGACAGAAAUGGCGAGCCAGGUGGCUGAUGGGAUGGCGUUCCUUGAGGCACAAAACAGUAUCCACAGAGACCUGGCAGCCCGAAAUGUUCUAGUGGGACAGAACAACAUUUGUAAAGUGGCUGACUUUGGGUUAGCACGAAUCAUCAAGGAGCCGAUUUACACAUCUGAGGAUAAGAAAAUACCAUAUAAAUGGUGUGCACCUGAAACUAUCAGCCACGGAAGAUUCUCCAACAAAUCUGAUGUCUGGUCGUUUGGAAUCCUUCUUUGUGAAAUGUACACGUAUGGUGGCAUUCCAUAUCCAGGUUACUCAAACCACCAGUUACUUAAUCUGAUCUGCUCGGGGUACAGAAUGCCUGCACCUGAUCAGUGCCCGUCACACAUUUACGACAUAAUGCUGAUGUGUUGGAACGUGUCAGCAGAUCAAAGGCCAGAUUUCAGUGAGCUGAAAGAACUUUUCAUGAACGUCUGCAAUGACACGUCAGAUCCAACGGGGGACAGUAAUGAUACAGAGGAGUGCAAUUCUGUGGAAAUGUGCUGAGGAUAGUUUACACUUCUGCAUUUGGUUUAUCCAAAGCAGCUCGAGCAGUUUUGUUUCAAGUACAUUUUUGUGUUCGUUCGGUGGGAAUUGAGCUUGGUAUAGCCAAGUUGUCGACACUUUAUUUUACAGUAUUAAGACGUUUAUUUUGUUGUAUGCUUAUUUUUGAAUUUCUUGUAAUAUUAUAUGCAUUUACUUUGAUUAGUCCUAAGCACAAAUUAAAUCAGAAGAUAACAGUCAAUGCUUAUAAAAGUACAUUUUUAUCACAAUGUUUCUUGAAUACAGUUACAUUUCUCAACGAAUAAGAUGUAAAUACUUUGUUUUACUGUAAAAAACAAUUAUGUUCUGUUCAAAAUUUUUCAUUUGGCUCAGCUAAGGUUUCAUGAAUGUAUUACUAGUGGCAACAGUCUUGUCAAUAAGCUUUGUAAAAUGUACAAAACGUAAACUGGGCCAGUUGAAAAAUGUGGAUGCACUAGAAAAUUUUGAGUUAGAAAGGGCUGAAACUAUUCUACAGUGUUUACAUCAACCAAAUCACGAGAUCUAUUCUCCAUAUUUGAAGAGAUUAUUUACAAAAACAGAAAAAUCUGUUUUUAAAAAUGUUAAAAAAAAUCAAAACAACCCAACUUGAUUUUUGAACUAAGUAAUAAUAACUAAUAAAAAAAACAGCUAACUAACACAAUUAAAUACAUAAGAUGAAAAGACAAUUUUUUUGCAAAAACUCAUGAAGUAAAACAAGACUAAAAAGAAACAAAAAUAUUUAAAGGGAUCAUCAUAAAUAAGAAUAAUAAUAACGCUGUGUUCCGCUCUGGAAUAUAUUAGAGAAGGUAAACAUUAUUCCUGAACAUAGUGUGUUAGGGCAGGGUGUGUGAGCACAGUAGGUUUCACAAUCUCUUGCUUUAGUAGUUCUUGCAAUCUUGUAACAUGUCGUCCUUCUAAGCCUGCACAGAUUCAUUGGUGAUUCAUAAAUACAUCCAUACACACACCACACACACAUAUAUAUCUUCACAUAUAUACAGUAUGUAUCCACUAACAUUGCAACAAUGCAUUAUGACUUGCACGUCCCAUACACAGCAUCCAUGAUGUGGGUGUGUGGGGAGCAGAAAUAGAAUCAAGAACACUCUGGACUUGCUUGGCCAGAUCUCAUUGGAAAGUAUACAAGUUGUCUCUUCUGCAAAUUGAUUGGCUGGAAUUACAUCCCAGCAGGAAUUUGGUCACCUCUUGUACUCUGCAAACAGACACCGGAUGAUUCAAACCAAAGAAGAGCCAAAUGUGAUUUGCUAUUAUGGGCUAAACCUCAUCCCGCUGUCUGUCUUGUACGUGACCUCUUUCUGUUUCUUUGCUUCUAAAAUAAUGUGCUUUUAUUAAUUUAUUUGGUCUCGUUUUAAAGUAAGGUCCCAUUAGUUUAUGCAUUAGUUGAUGAUGAACUUGCAACAGGCAAUAUAUUUUUAUAGUCAUUAUUUAUCUUUGUUAAUGUUAAUUAAUGCGAAUAACAGGAUUGUUUGUUUAUAGUAGUUCUAAUUGAAGAGUUUAUUUGCAAAAAUGGAUAACUGUUUUUCAAAUAUCAUGUUUUUAUUGUGUUACUUAGCUGUAUUAUUAUUUAGUCAAAAAACAAACCAACUGCAUUUUGAUUGAUAUUACUUGAAAUACACAAUAAAAAACAUGAUUUUUGAAAAUUCUGUUUUUCCAAAUUAACUAUUCAGUUAGACUGAGCUUACUUGAUACCAUUUUUAACAUGUUAAUUCAGUGUACAAUUUGAAAUAGAAUUGGCCGAUGUGAAUGUAAAGGUUUUCAAACCUGGUCUCAAUCACUGCUGGUGAACAUCUCACUCAGGGAAAACAAAAAUAAACAGAAUGACU